AAUUGAAGUAUCCUCCAAUGCUUGAUCCUCGCUCGGAGGCUUUGGCAGCAGAUCUAUAUGCACUGUCACGAUAUGCCAAUGCCAGCACCGGACCUGCCAUACUGAAUUCUGAAGCUUCUCAAUCGGUUGAAUCUGAACAACCGGAGUCCAAGCCAAUUGGGGCAGAGACCCACAACAAAAUUCUGAACUACGACUUGCUUAACUUCAGCAUCAACUGCCUUCUAAUGAACCUGGCGCACUAAUGCACCUCGUUGAGAAAGCUGCUGGUGAAGAUGAAGAGGAAUAUGAUGAAGAGACACGACAAUGCAAAAAUCUCCUUCAAAAUGUCAAAACCUUCUUGAGCAGAGAGGUACCAAGGGAAUCAUUGCUUUUUAUUGUUCCUGCUUUUGGUGGUAUAGUUUCGUGGGAGGGCGAAGGGGCUCCUUUUGUGGAAUCCGACCAGGGCAUUACUCACCAGACCGUUGAUAGGGAAGCUCAAGGACACAGAGUCCUCUCAAGAGAAUAUGUUCAACCACAAUGGGUAUUUGACUGUGUGAAUGCUAGAAUAAUUCUGCCAACUGAAAACUAUCUAGUUGGAAGGAUUCCUCCGCCACAUUUGUCUCCUUUUGUUGACUAUGAUGAAGAAGGAGCAUAUGUUCUAGAGUAUGCAAAGACUAUUAAAAACUUGCAAGCAGCUGCCAGAAAGGAAGUCCUCUCACUUCUUGGUCUUGAAAAAGAUUUGGAAGAUCCUCAAAAUCAACUGGCUGAGGGCGUAAUUGAUAGAGCAGCAGCAAAUCAUGCGACUAAAGGAAACAGAAGAUGA